GGGGUGUGAUGCGGCACUGCGGUUGUGAGGCCGUUACUCCGGCUCCUCCAGAUAGGGCGGAGGAGGAGGCUGGAGCGCGGCGGUGAUUUUUGUGCCAGGGCUUCCCAGAGGCGCGCUGAAAAGGCUGGCGAGGCUCUAGAAGCUGGGGGCUUAGGGACACACAUUCAGGCCCCCACCCCCUGGGAGGGGAAGGGGGCUGGAGCCAGACUUGGGGGCUGUGGAGCGAUGGUGCCUGGCCGGGGGAAAGGGGCGAGCCCUGCGUGUCCGUGGUGAGGGGCUGCGGGCAGGGGAGGCUCCGCGGGUCGUAGGGGCUCCAUGCCCAUUGGUGGGUGGAACGUGUAGAGCGGAACGCAAGGUCGAGCCUGGCGGCCCCUCGAAUCCUGAACGUGGUGUCUAACGUGGUGUUUCAUUUAGCCCGCGUUGGGAUUAAUUCAUUGGGGGUAGUUUCUCUGGUCUGGCUCCUCCAGGAGCUGGGCAACCUUGACGGGCUUUUUGUCUUGUGCUCCAGCCCCCUUUCCCUUCCUCCUCCUCCAGAUGCCUUUUCUCUGCCACUCCUCGCCCGGUACAGACAUUUCCAGUGAAGGCUGCCGCUCGUGGUGGCCGUCGAAGCCACUUCUCGGGAUUUCGGCUGGUUUCCCUCUGGAGUGUUUUUUGAGGAGAGAGAGUUUUCCCCUCCUCCACGAUGGGUUUUUCCUCCCUUGCCAAAAUGGACUUUCAUUGAUUUCUACUUACUUCUUCAACGUUUAGUGACCAGUUCCCGAGGCGUAUUUUUGUGGUAGUUCCUUUUUUCAAACACAGUCUGUAAAAUGGAGAACGAGGUUUUUACUCCCCUUCUGGAGCAGUUCAUGACCAGCCCCUUGGUCACUUGGGUUAAAACGUUUGGACCUCUGGCUGCAGGAAAUGGGACCAACCUGGAUGAAUAUGUGGCUUUGGUGGAUGGGGUAUUCUUGAACCAGGUCAUGCUCCAAAUUAAUCCUAAAACGGAGAGUCAGAGAGUAAAUAAAAAAGUCAACAAUGAUGCUUCACUGAGAAUUCAUAAUCUAUCCAUUUUGGUGAAACAGAUAAAAUUUUAUUACCAGGAGACUUUGCAGCAAUUGAUCAUGAUGUCAUUGCCAAAUGUCUUGAUCAUUGGCAAAAAUCCCUUCUCUGAACAAGGCACAGAAGAAGUUAAAAAGCUGCUUUUACUUUUACUGGGUUGUGCAGUUCAAUGUCAGAAAAAAGAAGAAUUUAUUGAAAGAAUUCAAGGUUUAGAUUUUGAUACAAAAGCAGCAGUUGCCGCACAUAUUCAAGAGGUAACCCAUAAUCAGGAAAAUGUGUUUGAUCUGCAGUGGAUGGAAGUAACUGAUAUGUCUCAGGAGGACAUAGAACCACUCUUGAAAAAUAUGGCAUUGCAUCUAAAAAGACUCAUAGAUGAGAGAGAUGAACAUUCGGAGACUAUCAUAGAGCUCUCUGAAGAGCGGGAUGGUCUUCAUUGUCUACCCCAUGGCUCUUCAUCCGCACAGUCACCCUGUGGUUCUCCAGGCAUGAAGCGAACAGAAAGUCGACAACAUCUGUCAGUGGAACUGGCAGAUGCUAAAGCCAAGAUAAGAAGGCUUAGGCAGGAACUAGAGGAAAAGACUGAACAGUUAUUAGACUGUAAACAAGAACUUGAGCAAAUGGAAAUGGAACUAAAAAGGCUGCAACAAGAGAACAUGAAUUUGCUUUCGGAUGCUCGUUCUGCCAGAAUGUACCGAGAUGAAUUAGAUGCACUUCGAGAGAAGGCAGUCAGAGUUGAUAAGCUUGAAAGUGAAGUCAGCAGAUAUAAAGAGAGACUACAUGAUAUUGAAUUUUAUAAGGCAAGAGUUGAGGAAUUAAAAGAAGACAAUCAAGUUUUAUUAGAGACAAAAACUAUGUUGGAAGACCAACUAGAAGGAACUCGAGCUCGUUCUGAUAAAUUACAUGAAUUAGAAAAAGAGAACUUACAACUGAAGGCUAAACUUCAUGAUAUGGAAAUGGAACGAGAUAUGGAUAGAAAAAAGAUUGAAGAAUUAAUGGAAGAAAAUAUGACUUUGGAAAUGGCACAGAAACAAAGUAUGGAUGAGUCAUUACAUCUUGGCUGGGAGCUGGAACAGAUAUCUAAAACUAGUGAACUUUCUGAAGCACCACAGAAAUCCUUGGGCCAUGAGGUGAAUGAGUUGACAUCAAGUAGAUUAUUAAAGUUGGAAAUGGAAAACCAGAGUUUGACAAAAACUGUAGAAGAGCUUCGGAGUACUAUGGAUUCUGUAGAAGGCAAUACUUCCAAAAUCCUGAAAAUUGAAAAAGAAAAUCAAAGACUAAGUAAAAAGGUUGAAAUUCUUGAAAAUGAGAUUGUUCAAGAAAAGCAAAGUCUUCAGAAUUGUCAGAAUUUAAGCAAAGAUUUAAUGAAGGAGAAAGCUCAGCUUGAAAAAACAAUUGAAACACUUAGAGAAAAUUCAGAGAGACAGAUUAAAAUAUUAGAACAGGAAAAUGAACAUCUGAAUCAAACAGUAUCUUCAUUAAGGCAGCGUUCUCAGAUAAGUGCUGAAGCAAGAGUGAAAGACAUUGAAAAAGAAAAUAAAAUUCUCCAUGAGUCUAUUAAAGAAACAAGUAGCAAACUAAGCAAGAUUGAAUUUGAAAAAAGACAAAUUAGAAAAGAAUUGGAACAUUAUAAAGAAAAAGGAGAACGAGCAGAAGAACUUGAAAAUGAGUUGCAUCAUCUUGAAAAAGAAAAUGAAUUGUUACAGAAAAAGAUAACUAAUUUAAAAAUUACUUGUGAAAAAAUUGAAGCCUUAGAACAAGAAAAUUCAGAAUUAGAAAGAGAAAAUAGAAAAUUAAAAAAAACAUUGGAUAGCUUUAAAAACCUUACUUUUCAGCUAGAAUCCCUAGAGAAAGAGAAUUCCCAACUUGAUGAGGAAAAUUUAGAACUGCGAAGGAAUGUGGAAUCUUUGAAGUGUGCAAGCAUGAAAAUGGCUCAGCUACAACUAGAAAACAAAGAACUGGAAAGUGAAAAAGAGCAACUUAAGAAAGGUUUAGAGCUUAUGAAAGCAUCUUGCAAGAAAACAGAACGCUUAGAAGUUAGCUACCAGGGUUUAGAUACAGAAAAUCAAAGGCUACAGAAAGCUCUAGAGAACAGCAAUAAAAAAAUCCAGCAAUUAGAAUGUGAACUGCAAGACUUAGAAAUGGAAAAUCAAACAUUGCAGAAAAACCUAGAAGAAUUAAAAAUAUCUAGCAAAAGACUAGAACAGCUGGAAAAAGAAAAUAAAUCAUUAGAACAAGAGACUUCCCAACUGGAAAAGGAUAAGAAACAAUUGGAGAAGGAAAAUAAAAGACUCCGACAACAAGCAGAAAUUAAAGAUACCACAUUAGAAGAAAACAAUGUGAAGAUUGGAAAUUUGGAAAAAGAAAACAAAACCCUAUUCAAAGAAAUUGGUAUAUAUAAAGAAUCUUGUAUUCGUCUGAAAGAAUUAGAGAAAGAAAAUAAAGAGCUCGUGAAAAGAGCAACUAUUGAUAUAAAAACUUUGGUUACAUUGCGUGAGGAUUUGGUGAGUGAAAAAUUGAAGACUCAACAGAUGAACAAUGAUCUCGAAAAAUUAACUCAUGAGCUUGAGAAGAUAGGGUUAAAUAAAGAGCGACUAUUACAUGAUGAGCAGAGUACUGAUGACAGGUAUAAACUUCUGGAAUCAAAAUUAGAAUCUACUCUUAAGAAGUCCCUUGAAAUAAAAGAAGAAAAAAUUGCUGCUUUAGAGGCUCGAUUAGAAGAAUCCACAAAUUAUAACCAGCAAUUACGCCAAGAACUUAAAACAGUGAAAAAAAAUUAUGAAGCCCUCAAACAGAGACAAGAUGAGGAGAGGAUGGUACAGAGCUCUCCUACAGUAUCUGGUGAAGAUAACAAAUGGGAGCGAGAAAGUCAAGAAACAACAAGAGAGCUUCUGAAAGUUAAAGACAGAUUAAUUGAAGUAGAAAGAAAUAAUGCUACACUGCAAGCAGAGAAGCAAGCAUUGAAAACUCAACUGAAGCAACUUGAGACACAGAACAAUAAUUUGCAGGCUCAGAUUCUUGCACUUCAGAGGCAGACAGUGUCAUUACAGGAACAGAAUACCACUCUUCAAACACAGAAUGCCAAGCUUCAGGUUGAAAAUUCCACCCUUAAUUCCCAAAGUACCUCCCUUAUGAACCAGAAUGCACAACUCCUAAUCCAGCAGUCUUCCUUAGAAAAUGAAAAUGAAUCUGUAAUCAAAGAGCGAGAAGAGCUAAAAUCUCUCUAUGAUUCUCUGAUCAAAGAUCAUGAAAAGCUGGAACUUCUUCAUGAACGGCAGGCUUCAGAGUAUGAAUCUCUUAUCUCUAAACACGGAACUCUAAAGUCUGCCCACAAAAAUCUUGAGGUGGAACAUAAAGAUCUUGAAGACCGUUACAAUCAGUUACUAAAACAGAAAGGACAGUUGGAAGAUUUGGAAAAAAUGCUCAAAGUAGAACAGGAAAAAAUGCUGCUUGAAAAUAAAAACCAUGAGAUGGUAGCUGCAGAGUACAAGAAACUUUGUAUUGAAAAUGAUAGGUUGAAUCAUACAUAUAGUCAACUUUUAUAUAAGAGUGGUGAAGUUUUACAAACUGACCAUAAAAAUUUUAAAAGUCUUCUGAAUAAUUCCAAACUUGGAACAAACAAGAUUAGAAAAGCUGAAUCUUCAAAGCCAAAGGAACGAAGACGCGAGAGGAGGGAUAUUACGUCAACCCAAUGCCUGAAUGACCCAGUUGAGUUGCUAAGCCAACUUAAAGGAAAUUUAGAAGAAGAAAAUCGACAUCUACUAGAUCAAAUCCAGACAUUAAUGCUGCAGAACAGAACACUAUUGGAACAGAACAUGGAAAGCAAAGAUCUUUUUCAUGUUGAACAAAGACAAUACAUUGAUAAAUUAAAUGAAUUAAGGCGGCAAAAGGAGAAAUUAGAAGAGAAAAUUAUGGACCAAUACAAAUUUUAUGACCCAUCUCCUCCUAGAAGGAGAGGCAACUGGAUUACUCUAAAAAUGAGAAAACUGAUAAAAUCUAAGAAAGAUAUUAAUCGAGAACGUCAGAAAUCUCUGACAUUAACACCUACCCGUUCAGACUCCAGUGAAGGAUUUCUUCAGCUUCCCCAUCAAGAUAGUCAAGAUAGUUCUUCAGUGGGUUCAAACUCCUUAGAAGAUGGCCAAACCUUGGGGACCAAGAAAAGCAGCAUGGUUGCACUGAAAAGACUGCCCUUUUUGAGGAACAGACCGAAGGAUAAAGACAAAAUGAAGGCCUGCUACCGUCGUUCCAUGUCCAUGAAUGACCUGGUGCAGUCCAUGGUCCUAGCAGGACAGUGGACAGGUAGUACUGAGAAUUUGGAGGUUCCUGAUGAUAUUUCAACGGGUAAAAGGAGAAAAGAAUUGGGAGCUAUGGCCUUCUCUACUACAGCCAUCAACUUUUCAACUGUCAACUCUUCUGCAGGCUUCAGAUCCAAGCAAUUGGUUAAUAAUAAAGAUACUACAUCCUUUGAAGACAUAAGUCCACAAGGUAUUAGUGAUGAUUCUAGUACGGGAUCAAGAGUUCAUGCUUCAAGACCAGCCAGCCUUGAUAGUGGCAGAACAUCCACUAGCAAUAGCAAUAAUAAUGCUUCACUCCAUGAAGUCAAAGCAGGUGCAGUUAAUAGCCAAAGUAGGCCACAAAGCCACAGCAGUGGAGAAUUUAGCCUCCUUCAUGAUCAUGAGGCUUGGUCCAGCAGUGGUAGCAGUCCAAUCCAGUACUGGAAAAGACAAACUAGAUCAAGUCCAGUGCUCCAGCACAAAAUGCCUGAAACGUCAGAGAGUCGAGCCUAUCACAGGAUCAAAACUGGUUCCCCCGGAAGUGAAAUUGUUACUCUGCAACAGUUUUUGGAAGAAAGCAACAAGCUUACCUCAAUACAGAUAAAGUCAUCAAGUCAAGAGAAUCUUUUAGAUGAAGUAAUGAAAAGUUUGUCUGUCUCAUCUGACUUUUUGGGAAAAGACAAACCAGUUAGUUGUGGUCUGGCCAGAUCAGUAAGUGGAAAAACCCCAGGAGACUUCUAUGAUAGACGGACAACUAAGCCUGAGUUUGUGAGACCUGGUCCUCGAAAGACUGAAGAAAGCUACUUCAUUAGUUCUGCAGGAAAACCUUUACCAGGCACUCAGGGAAAGAUAAAAUUGGUAAAAGAAACUUCUCUGUCACGACAAUCAAAAGAUAGUAACCCUUAUGCCACUUUACCUCGUGCAAGCAGUGUGAUCUCCACUGCCGAAGGAACUACACGAAGGACAAGCAUCCAUGAUUUUUUGACUAAGGACAGUAGACUGCCUGUAUCAGUUGAUUCACCACCAGCUGCUGCUGAUAGCAACACCACUGCAGCAUCUAAUGUGGACAAAGUACAAGAAAGCAGAAAUUCAAAAAACAGGUCAAGGGAGCAACAAAGCUCCUAAUUCUAUUACCCCACUACAUGACAUGUGGGCCAAGUGAGAGAAAAGUGUCCUUCAAUUUCUCAGUGUGAAGCCUUUAUUUCUGAAGUAACAAGACACCUAGCAACUAUAGGAAUCGUUUUAAAAAAUCUUUAAGGAGACUUUUAACAAUGCUUCGUGAAUAGAGCAGGCAAGAAAUACAAACCUUCAUUUCUUCCUUGAAUCAAGGAGCACUACUGGAUUCAACUGCCAAAAUUUUUAGAAAGUUUUAGGACCUACUAUACAUUGUACUGUUAAGAUCUACAGAAUAAAGGACGUUCUCUCGCUAAGGACCAAGUGUUUUAAGGUCAAGUGUUUCAAGAAGUACUCCAAGAACAAUCUACUUCUUUCAUCAUUUGUUUCAUGAAUUUAUCUAUGUUUGCUUAAUGCUUCUGCUAAGUAUUAGCCAAAAUCUAGCCAUUUAUAUUUAGUUGUAUAAAUCUAAAUUAAAUGCUGUAGUAUUUUGUGGAAUGUACUAUAUAUCAAGAUACAGAGAAAAUUGUUUUGGCAUGUCAGAGCCUUAUUUGGUUAGCAGACUGCAUGUGUUGGUACUUUUUUUCUUAAAGCCAAUUAUUUUGAUGCACUUCAAAAGAAAUUCAGUUUAUAAGAUAAAUCUAAAAGAUCCAUAAUUAAAUAGGAGUUAUAAAAUUAUAGUGAUAUUAAUCUUUCCAUAUUCCCCAUUAAGCAACACUAAGCAUUCAUACAUGGAUCCAAGGUAAUUAAAGUGUUUUUCUGAAACUUUUUUUUUAGUAAGAUGGUUUUCCAACAAAUGUUAUUCCUAAGAUGAAGCUCUUCUGUUUUAAAUCAUUUCCCUUUUUUGGUAUUGGGUUAUGUAUGUGUGUUAGUUUUUUUAACUUGAGAGCUGACUGUUGCUUAAGAAGUUUUCUUAUAGCAAAAAUAAUGUAAAUAAUUUACUAUAAUCUGCAUUUUGCCAGGAGCUCAUUUAUUAUUAAGGUUAUCAUUUAUUAAUAAGAAUUUUUGGUUUUGUCCUUUAUAAUACAUUAAAGUUGAUAACUCUUAUUGGUACUUUUGAAAUAUUUGUAUGCAUUUGUUACCUUUAAACAUUUGGAAGAAGCACAAAAAAAGUAGAUUUAGUUAGUCCAGGGAAACAUCAAUUUUUUUAGUAGUUCCAAUUUUAUAUCACAGUUUUAUUUUCUUAUGAAAUCCAGAAAAAUGCAUUGAUACUCAUUAAUGCAGAUUCAUUAUUAACAUAAAUAUCAGAGUAAUCUUUAAGGUCUAAAGUAAAAAAGACAUUGACUAUUUUUUAUUUUAACAGUACACUUCUUAGGCUUUAAUUACCAGCUCAAAAGAACUUUUUGGAAUAAUUCCAUAGUGUGUGGUUUAUGAAUUAAUUGUGUGUUUCAUCAGUAACCCAGUAGCCAUGGGAAAAAUCAGUGUCUGUCUCCCCUAACCUCUCAGUAGGCAGGUAUCAAUAUUGUGUUCAUAGUCUGCUUUCCAAAAGACCAUCAGUAAAAAAGAGACAUAGCAUGUUUAGUUGACGAGAAAUUGUUGAAGUGGAAGUUAGAGAACUUGAACUUAUUUAAUUCAAUGCCCCCAUUAACUGAGGCUUCACCAUCAAAUGCUGUUAAAAUUAAAUCAUUUUGAAACUCUUGGAUGAAAGGUGCUAUGUAAAUGUAAAUACAAAGGAUUCUUACUAAAAUACAAAUAUUGCACACAGAAAUAUUUAAAACCUAUUCUCUAGACUUUGAAACAUCUUUCUUUCCAUCAUGACUCCCUGGAUUCAAGUAUCAAAUUGGUAAUGGGUAUCAGGGCAGUUGAGAGACACUUGCAUGUAAAAAUGUAAAUUCAUUUUUAGGUGGAUAAAUUGAAAGUAAAUGUAGAAAUUAUGUAUUAGCUAAAAACAGUAAGUAGGUAACUUAGAUUUAUAUUAGCUAGCAUCUAAUUUGCACAAUUAGGAUACAUCCAGAAAAAUUACUGAAAGUUGAAAUUUAGUGAGUGUGAGGUGGCCCAAUGAGGAUGAAUGAUAAUACAGCUUGCCUCUCUAGGACACUAAUAUCCUAAAAUAGAGAACCUGCUGAGUUAAGCACAUUAAUGCUUGAAGUAGAAAAUGCUGAAAGACAACCUGUAAAGUACUAAAUCUGAGUAGGUUGACUCUGAGAAAUACAAUGAAAGAGACAACCAAGGGAACACAUUGAGACUGCAAAAAUAAGAAUAUUCUGAAUUAUGUUCAUCACUUUCUUCAGACCAUUUCAAGAAAGUACUGGAUAAUAACCACAUGAAUAUUUUAUUUUCUCCAAGAUACCUUCAGAAGCAAACUUUGUAGGAAGCCACUCUUUUCCCUUAUUUAAACUGUUGCUGCUGCCAAACAAAAUAGUAAAGCCAACUGGAAACUAACUGGAGCCUGACAUGCUUUUAAUUAUCCGGCUCUAUUCUAAAUCAACACCUAAACCCCUAAGGAAACUAAAGAAUUCAAUAUACAGGGUAAUAGCUUUGGCCCAGAGCUACAAUAAUGUGCUUCAGAUCUGGCCGUGUGAAAAUGUUUUGGUCCAAGUUUUUAAAUUGGUGGUUACCAAAGAGUUCACAAAACAGGUUUGUAUGUAGCACCUUUCAUGCAAGGCAUGGGUAAGAGCCUAUUUAAAAAUCACUGUGCAUAUUACAGAAUUGCAGCCACCUCAAAAAUGAAGUACUGCAGCCUGUGCUGUCUUAAGGGUUUAUGUCAGGAAAAAAAAAAAGAUACUGUACCUAAUCUGGAAUUAUAAUGGGGAGUAAUAAUGUAUGCUAAAUGACUUUUGUAUCUUAAGUUACGUUUUAUGAGAAAAGUGGUGAAUUUUUCUGUUUUUCUUUUCAGCUACACUUAAUCCUGAGAUGUAUUUUUUUCUUUAAGCCUUGAAUGAGUAAUACAAAAGGAGCCCAUUUUAUAAUAUAAACCUUGAUGUACGUGUUGAGAUAUUUGGACAGUGAAAAUGCCUUAAAAGGAAUGCUUAUGGAUAAAGUUGCACUUAUAACACCCUUCAACAAAACCUGACUUUAAAUUGUCUUUUUCUUUUCUACUAAGGAUUUUCUUUUUCAGUGUUUGCCAUUGUACUUGUAACUGUUAUUAAAUACCAAAUCAAAUAAUAUAAAAUCUGUAACAUUUCCUUUAAAACUAAUGCGAAUGAGGGAUUCAUAGUUGAAUGGCAAAAUGUUUAUUACUUGGCAAUACCUGAUGUCAGCGACAGGCAUCCAACUCAUAACAAAAGAGACAUCAUUGUUUGUCUUUUAAAAAAACAUUUUUCAUUAUAAUUUUUAACUUUGUUUCUCCUUAAAAAAUUAAGUUGGAUUAACAUUCACUUAUCAAACUGAUAUAAAAAUAAAACCAAGAGGUGAUUUUUAUAACAA